CCUUAAUAGGAUCGGCUAUUGGUCUCAUAAUAUUUGCAGUUGUAGCAGUAGCUUCAUUCUUUGUUAUCCUACUAUUUUGUUUUUCGCCAAAGUUACAAGGAAUAUUUAAAGACUUUGAUGUAAAAAAACUUUGUCAAUCUAGCUAUGUAUUUGACUCUCAAUGGCUGAUGGGACUACAACCUUUUUUCUCUUUCAAUAAUGAAGGAAGCUAUCAAUCUUCAAAGGAAGAUUACUGUGAAAGUAAAGGUACUGUUGGAGCAGUAACAGGAAAUGGAAGUCCAGCUGUUACAUAUUCAAAACCUGAGACUGAUAAAAAAGCACCAGAAAAUGAUGACAAUCAGUCAACAAUGAAUAGCACACCCUAUGUCAGUUUUCAAUCAGAAAGUGCUCUUUUGCCAUCACCAGAUAAAAACGAGCAGUUUUUAAAUCAGGAUUUUAACUCUGGUCCUUCUGACUUUGUCGGUAAUCCUCUAAAUGCUCCUCCUCACAUCGUAGUUAACACAUUGGACCAGAAACUAACAUUCCCUGUUCCGGUAGCUGAUUCCACUAACAACCUUGUUGUACUUGAAUCUGAAAUUCGAAAAAGAAAAUUGUCUCGCGCUUUUUCACAAGAGGGUGAAACAAAACAGGAAGAUAAUAAUGCUACUGCUGCUUUUGUAUCUCCUCAUGAAGUAUUUGACACAGCUGGUGACAAGAAGACUCAACCUCAUUAGGAGGAACACUUUUGCUGCCUCAUUAGGAGGGAAACUUUGCUAUUGUUUGUAUCAUUGCUGCUGUCUUUAACGCUGCUUAUGCUAAAUUAUUUGUAUAGAUUUGUUUCUUUGUGUCAUUAUUGCUGCUAACAUUUGACAA